AAGUCUGCGACGUUGUCCUACUGACGUGUCGCAUUCGAUUGUUAUUGGAGUAAACACAUAGCUACUUUGUGCUGUUCCUACAGACAGGUUCCUUCCAGACAGGCAGAACAAUGGCAGAACCCAGUAAACAAGACAUUUCUGCCAUUUUCAAGCGGCUGCGCUCCAUUCCCUCCAAUAAGGUUUGCUUUGACUGCGCAGCCAAAAACCCCAGCUGGGCCAGCAUCACAUAUGGUGUGUUCCUCUGCAUAGACUGCUCUGGCACCCACAGGUCUUUGGGGGUACACCUGUCCUUCAUCAGGUCCACCGAGCUGGAUUUUAAUUGGUCGUGGUUUCAGCUUAGAUGCAUGCAGGUUGGAGGCAAUGCCAGUGCCAUUGCAUUUUUCAGUCAACACGGGUGCAAUGCCAAUGCAGCUAAUGCCAAAUACAACAGCCGGGCUGCCCAGCUGUACAGGGAGAAGAUAAGGUCUUCAGCAACACAAGCUACCAGAAGCCAUGGCACUGAGCUGUGGCUCGACAGUCAGGCUCCUCUUUCUCCAACAUCACCAGAGGACAAGCAGGUGGAUUUCUUCAGUCUACAUUCUCAGACUGUUCCAGAAAACUUGAAUAUGGCCAAAAUGAGUCUCAGUUCCUCUGCAGCAGAAAAACCGUCGACCCAGGAAGCAAAUGAAGACAGAAAUGGUAACGUGGAGGAGUGUCCCAGUGUGGAAAUGCUGAGUGUUUCUCCUAAAGCAAACCCAGAGCCUUCCUCCCUUCUCAAGAAGAAACCAGCAGCUGCUAAGAAAACGCUAGCUUCAAAGAAGGGCGGUCUGGGUGCUCAGAAAGUGAGCAGUAAAAACUUCUCAGAGCUGGAGAAGAAAGCUCAGGCUGCUGACAAACUCCGAGAGAAAGAAGAGCGCUCGACAGCAGCCAGAACAAACGCGACACCUGAGGAGUCUUUGGCUCCAUCAAUGCGACUCGCCUACAAGGAUCUGGAGCAGCAGAGAAAAGUGGAGGAGCAGAAGCUGAAAGGACUUGAGGGGAAGAAGAAGGAGCAGGCUGAGCGACUGGGCAUGGGUCUGGGGAUCCGAGGGGGAGUUUCUCACUCGGUGACCUCAGAUAUGCACAUCAUUCAGCAGGAAAGUCCACUCGGAGCCAAAACCACAAAAGCACGGAGAUUUCCUGAAGAGGAGGAGGAGGGUGAAGGGUCCUUCAGCCCUAGGCUCCUGUCGCGGUUUGAGGAUCAGACCGAUAAUUUCUCUUUACGGUGGGGAGACGGUGGUGGAGGUGGCGUAGGUGAUGGAGGAGGCUGGAUCAGAGAUGGCAAGAAACCAGAGCCGGACUUCUACUUAUCCUCCGCCAUUUCUUCACUCGAUGACCGGCCCGUAUCCAGACGAAAAGCUGAACCAACGCCAGUCUCAGAUUCAGGAGAAGCUCGAAAAAAGUUUGGAGAGGUCAAAGCCAUCUCCUCCGAUAUGUACUUUGGAAGACAAGACAACUCUGAGUACGAGACCAAAACCCGCCUGGAGAGUUUUGCAGGAAGUUCCUCCAUCAGUUCAGCAGAUCUUUUUGAUGAUCCAAAGAAGCAGACCGGAAGUUCGUACCGUCUGAGUAACGUUCUGCCCAGCGCCCCUGACAUGUCGCAGCUCAAACUGGGAGUGCGCUCAGUCGCAGGAAAACUGUCCGUCAUGGCGAGCGGCGUAGUUAAUACGAUCCAGGAUCACUACAACUCCUGAGGGUGUUGAUGUGAAAGUGCUUUCUGCUGAGGGGAGACAGAAGGAUGGAGAUCCAUCAACACUCACAACAAGUCUGCAGAUUCAUCACAAAACAAGCUUUUAUUUUGUUGAAGCACAUUCAUCCAAAAAUGUCUAACUUUAAAAAAACAAAUGGAGUUAUUUCCCUAUUUGAAUGGACACUUGUGCUUACAGACUUGAAGAGCAUUUAAUUUACAUUAUAUCUCCUAAUAUGCUUUAAGGUUUGUGGGCAUGUGUUAUUGGAAAUGCUGUGUGUAGCCCCCUGAGUAGCUUAGUGGUGUGAUGGAGGGGUUUAUGUUUAAUUCUGUUUCCUCACUACUAGAGAAAAGUGUAAUUCUGACCACCCGCUCAUGUUUGAAAGUGUCUGCCCUCUUAAAGUGCACUUAGGUUUGCUCCUCCACAAACUGGACCGAGGCUUAAUACGGACCAUGAAGGACCAAGUACAUUUUCCUUUAUUUGAUAAGUUACAUAAACCAAAACUUUAUGGCUUCAUUUGCUCAGAACUGUGUAUUGUCUUCGAAUUGCUGCUUAUUUUUUUAGUUUUGUCUUUGGGAGAGUUGGGAACGGACAGCUUGCUGAAGUUGAGUCAUUUAAAUGUGCAGAAUAGGAAAACAAGUGAAGAUAAAACAUACAGACUGAUGAAAUUUUCAUGAAUUACGUCUUUGCAAAAGAAACUUUUUUGGUUUUAAAACUUCUCAUCUCACUUGUGGCACCAAAGAUAAUUAGUUUUUUUCCACAAUUUUAUAAACAAUGAAGUUGAGGGAUUUAUCUGCAGGUUCACUGCACUGUGUGUUUUUUCUGAGUCAUGAUGAUAAAAAUAAGGUACUAUUAGUAAUGUUGUAUUCCAUUAAUUAGCUAGAGGUAAAUCAGCAAAUAAAAGUGGCCAUUUUAAAAUCUAAAGGCAAACUUAUUGAAUGCUGGAGAAUGUGGAUGAUUUCUGUUUAAAUACUUCAUAUUUUUCCUCAAUCUACCAUUACUGGCACUUACCAUUAGGAAUUGUGUUAAUAUUGUUGGAAGGAAAUGUUUCACCUUGAUCACCACAGGGUUGAGAACCCCCAACACACACACACACACACACACACACACACACACACACACACACACACACACACACACAGAUCUCAACCCGACGACCCAAAAGUUAUCCUGCUAAAUUCCAGGUGCCUAAAAUACUUCCCUGUUUGCCCUCCUUUCUCUGACUGGUUAGAUCUCCUAAACAGGCAGUUGACUUUAUAGCUAGUUCUCUACGCAGGAUCAAGUAUUCCUGACCGUGCUGAUUUUACAUGGAAACCCCUAAAAGAAGACAAGAGUUGUACACUCCUUACUAUUUGCCUUAGUCCAAAGAUCUUUCAUAGGUUACCCUAAUUGCAAUAUGGUGUAAUCUUGUUGCGCAUGUUUUGAUGGACUCAAUAGGUUUAGCUUGGAUGUGCUUCAAUGUUUGGCUCUUAGUUAUUAGUAAGUUCAUGUUUGUUUAAUGUUUUGUCAAAUUGUGUUUUUUUUUUGUUGGAUAUAGUUGUUGUUACAUGGAAGAAUAUCAGUUUGUGUAAUUUGCAUGGCCUUCUCUAGUGUAUCAUCCAAACAUUCAUAAGAUAGAGGAAUAAUACACUUUUUCUAUGACUGUCUGGUUGGUUAUCUGUGACUAUACACUAUGUUGUAGAUGGCUUUGAAUUACCAUUUGUUUAAAAAAUACUGAUAAUUAAUGUUUGACUCAAAUCCAUAUGAAAAUAAUUUUGCAAAGAUGUUAAAUAAAUGGCGUAUUCCUAAA